CGAGGGCGCAGGCCGGCUUCGGGGGGCCGCCAUGUUGUGUGGCCCUCUGGGCGGCUGGGCCAGCAGGCGCCGGGGAUGGCGGCGUCCGAAAGCAAGUGGCUCUCUGGGGUGAACGUGGUGCUGGUCAUGGCCUACGGGAGCCUGGUCUUUGUGCUGCUUUUCAUCUUUGUAAAGAGGCAGAUCAUGCGCUUUGCGAUGAAGUCCCGCCGUGGCCCCCACGUCCCAGUCGGGCAGCACGCAUCCAAGAGCUUGAAAGAAGAGACCGACAUCCGGCUGUCCAGGGUCCAGGACAUCAAAUAUGAGCCCCAGCUCUUGUCCCAAGAUGACAUCCGGCUGCAUCAGCUGGAGACUCCCCAGAUUCCAUUUUGCUAUUCCUACCUGUACAGGAUGAAGGCCCUGGAUGCUCUCCGAGAGUCAGAGAUCCCGUUCUCGGCAGAAGGAAGGCACCCCAGGUCCUCGACGGGGAAGAACUUCCGCGCCUACCUACUGGACCUGCGCAACACCAGCACCCCCUUCAAAGGGGUCCGCAAGACUUUGAUCGACACUCUCCUGGACGGAUACGACAGCGCUCGCUACGGGACAGGGGUGACUGCAUUCUCCUCAAGUCCUUGCAGGGAGUGCAAGUUUUUUUUAAAGAAACCUAUUUUAUUAAAUAACGUUACACCCGCCUUUCUUGCGCAUCCUGGUGCCUUUAAUUGUGCUCUCUCUCUUCCUCUCCCCCGCAGCAUCAAGGCCCGGGGCGGCAGCAGCCAACGGCAGCACCAGUCUGCAGCCAAGGACCUGACGCUCUCCCCCGACCUCUCCAGCCCUACCACCAUUCAGGUCACCUACCUGCCCUCCAGCCAGAAGAGCAAACGAGCCAAGCACUUCCUGGAGCUCAAGAGCUUUAAGGACAACUACAACACGCUGGAGAGCACCCUGUGACCCCACCCCCCGCGGCCGCAAAGCGACUUGGAGGGGUUCUGCCCGCCGCGUGCCAUUGGUUUGCCCACCCAGACCGAGGGGCGUCUUCAGGCCCACGCGCUGGCUGGCGGCGGGUGCCAAAGCCGAAGCAGCUUUUCAAAGCAACAAUGUGACGUCGAAGCAUGGUGCUUCUUUGCAGGGAAAGGGGGGGGGGCGCCCGAAUUCUCCUGCCCGCCCGCCUUUGUGGUUUUUUGUAAAUAUCGUCAUUUGAUUACCUCUAAGUUAUUUAUAAGGACUCCCUCCAGGCAUGCUACUCUCUUUCACGCCACCUUUUCAGAAGGAGCCAAGGACAGUUGGGGGAACGCCACUGGUUUCAGUGGGGUUUUUUUUUGUACUUUGGGAACUCAUUUCGCCCUGUAUCCCCAACCGCACGGUGGGAAUGAUUCUCCUUUCAGCACUCCCGUCUCGUUCCUUCCGUGGAUUCUGCCCUGUUUCCCCUUUCAAAAGUAUGGGAGGCGAAAGCAGGCCUGGGGCGGUGCGUUUUUGACGGCCUCUUGUCGGGAUCUCUGCCUUUUUGUACGCCGGACGUUCCUCCACUCGGGUCGUGGCGAGGAAGCUUGCCUUCUGCCGUGGGCCGACUCCACACCUGCCCCCUUCACCUGCUGGCCCCUGCAGAGAGCUGGGACAGCCAGGAGCAGUGGGCGGCAUUCACUGACUGAGAGCAGCAGAGUUGGGGAGGUCAGUCCCCCGAGCAAGACUUGACCUUUUCCCCUCUUGGAGGACAGCUAAAGCCCGCCCUCCCCUCUCUUUUUAAACAGCUGUUUAAUAAAAACGGACAUCUGUCCAGCCUCGCA